AUGGCCGCCAACGACUACUCCGGCGCGCCGUCCAGCGCCACCUCGGCACCCGAAGAAACCGGCUCCCACGCCGGCGCAUGCACCCUCUGCCGCCGCAAGAAACAAAAGUGCUCCCGCGACGAUCCGUGCCGGUCCUGCAUAGCCUCUGGGAGUGUCUGCGUUUACGAGGACGGCCAGCGCCGCGGCGCCAAGCCGGGAUACAUUGAUGCCCUCGUCAAGCGCAUGGACACGCUCGAAGCUCUUGUGCUCGGCCAGUCCCUACUGCUCUCCAACACAUUGUCCGCCGAGGGCUUGCCGCCCGUCCAGGAAUCGACCAAUCUCGAAGAUCGCCUCACUAGCGUCCGGCAGGCCCUCCUUAAACCGCAGCCACAGCAAUCGCUGCCCGUCCAGGCCAAGCGACAGCGAACGCAGAGCUCCGUGGCAGACUCGCCCGCCUCAAUAUCCUCGGUGCCCCCAAAUCCCGCGCCGGCAAGUGUCUUGGGAUCGUCUACAUCGAGUCUGGCUGCCCGACAAAAAGUCCUGCCUCCGCCGUCUAUGAUGCGCGACCUGGUCAAUAUAUACUUUACUAGGAUUCAUCCGUGGAUUCCGAUUCUGCAUGAGCCGACUUUUGAAGCUAUGAUGCGCGCCAAGGACGGAUACGGGCAGCCCGCAGAUGUUGUUCUCCAGGCGAUUACUUCGGCGACCAUUCGAUUCUACAAUACAGAUAGACAGACGCAGGACCUGUACCACUCACGUUGUCAUGAUGCCGUUGUGCUGGCGUCCAUGGAUCGAUUUUCUGUGGAAACGCUACAGGCGAGUAUCAUUCUUGCCUUUAAUACGGUUGGCGCAGGUCGUGGACCGAGAAGUUGGUCACUUGUAGCGUCGGCCACGCGAAUUGUUGAGCAGCUCGGACUGGCAGUCGAAGAGGAGGAUGCUGCUCAGGACAAACUGCUCAAUCGUAUUGGAUUCUUGCCGUCCGCAAAGACACCCACCGAAAGAGAAUCGCUCAGGCGCAUUUUUUGGUGCAUCUUCUUGCAGGAUCGCUUUUGUUCCGUAUCGACUGGCUGGAACACGUCGCUCACGAGCACCGAUAUUAAGCGCAGAUUGCCGGUUGAAGGCUGCUUCUGGCGAGACCGUGUCGAUAAGAAGGCGAGAUACUUCGACAUUGAUAAUUUGACGAUUGACCCGGCAGACGAUAUUGAUGCCAUUGGUGGACUCGCGUACCUCGUCGAAGCAUCCGAGUGCUUGAACCGCGUGGCGACCUUCUUGCUGCGCGAGACUGUCGAUAUUUCCAACAACGAUUCCCUACGCAGGUGGUUUGAGCUCUUCCAGUCGCUCGACGCCAUGCUUGUCCGCUGGAAGACGUUCCUCCCAGCCCGCUGGCAGGUUGCGGGUAUCGAUGCCACAGGCAAGAUGGAUGAGAACUUGACGCUUGCGCAUAUUACGCAUAAUACGAGUGUCAUUAUGCUGCAUCAAAUUAUUGCCUACCCAGAUUCCACGUUUAGACACCGCCUGCCCUCACAGAACGCGGCAAAGACCUGCAAUGCCGCUGCCACCGAGAUUGCCACGAUUGCCGCCAAGUUUGUCGCCAACACAAUUGUCGUGCUUCCUCCAGCAUUGUCGUUUUGUCUGUUUACAGCGGCAAGAGUCCUGUUGGCAGACUCGAAUCACUUUGGCACACCGCUAGACCAAAACUUUGAGAUUCUUCUGCAAGCACUUCGAGAGGGUUCCGCGCGCUGGACAGGUGCCGGGCAAGUCCACGGUUUUGGUGCAAUGGAUAAUCUGGCAGGCCAGUUUGCUGAGCGAAUUGACGCUGCUAGACGAUCCAGAUCGCCCAUCAACGUUCGCAGUGUGGCUCUCCUUGAGGAGCCACAAAUUGUUUCGUUUGCUAGUCCGCCUGUGCCGGAAGUGUUCAAGGGCGGCGAAGCAGUCGCUGGAUUGGGUGUUGGCGUCGAUGAGCUGUUCAGCAUGUCUGGAACGGGCGUUGGUAACUUUGAGAGAAUCUUUACAUGGACCGACGAGAUGAUUGGGCAGUAG